CAGCCUCCCAGAAAGGGGUGGAUCUGAGUAGUAGCCUCUCCGCAGACGGCUCCGCGCGAGAGUCGAUCAUGGGGUGCUGUGUGUCCAGUGGUGAAGAGAGGACAGACAGAGAGCCUCUUGCAGAGACCAGACCCAGAUACAGCUGGGAAAAGAAAGAACGCCCUGAUCGAAGCCAGCUCAUCAUCUCGGGCCAAGUGGGUGUGGUUGUUUGUCGGUUGCCGGGGCAACUGAGUGGUCGUCAGUUCCACAUCCAGGACUGCAGGCAGUGUGAGAUCUUUGUGCUGGACACUACCAGUUCCCUCACCAUCCAUGGCUGCACUGACUGCACCUUGGUACUGGGGCCAUGUGGAGGCAGUGUGUUUGUGAGGCAGUGUGAGGGCUGUACAGUGGUAGUGGCGUGUCAGCAGUUCAGAGCCAGAGACUGCAGGAAAUGUACAGUCUACCUCCACUGCAAGAGCCAGCCUGUCAUUGAGUCCAGUCACAGGCUCAGGUUUAGCUGCUUCCAGGCCUACUAUGACAAACUCAGAGACCAGUUCAGUUCUGCUGAUCUUCACCCAUUCAACAACCAAUGGAGUCACAUCCACAACUUCACCAACCAGGGCGGAGAAUCUGAUUGGUCCUUUGCCCAAGAGACCACGCCUCCCAUCACACCACCGAGUGAGGGGGACAUUAGUGGGUGUGGCUUAACAUUCCAGAGAGGUCGAAGUACAGUUCCCUAUUCUGUUGGGCCUUUGGCAAGACCGACUGAAUCAGAGGGUUGUGUGGUGGUGAUGACAGGAGAGGAGAGAGAGAGCAGAGCCAGAGAAUUACUUACAAAGCUACAGGAUCAGGUGGUGCUAGUGCAGACCUGCCACUCUCAUUUCAAGGGAAACGAGGCACAGGCUUUCUUUGGUGACCACAAGAGCUUGCUGGCACAGAUCAAGACAGGUCCAUGUAUCAUGAUGGAGCUGUCAGGUGAAAACGUCCAGCAGAUCUGCCAUUCUUCACUUGAAGGUGUUCCAGAGGAUGUGUACCAUUUGUCGUCAGGAAGAGAGGAGGGAGAGAGGGAGAGGGAAACCCUGGCCAACUACCUAAUGUCCAGCCUCACCAUGUGACACUACACACAGAAGCUACCUUCGCAUUACAUUCAACAGUGCCAAAUUAAAGGCAGCCACUUUAAUUAUUCAACAAUGCAUUAUUAUAAUUCCAUAAUGAUACAUCUUUGUUUGUAACAAAAAUAUAGGGAAACACACAAUAAAUACACACAAAAGUACAAAGAACAGAAAAUUUAGU